CCUCGCCUGGUCCUCGCCGAGCAUCGUCCUGCUUGCCAUACAUAUCCUUGAUGCCGACUGUACCGCAUUGUUACUCCCUCAUAUUUACAGCAUACCGCGCUCUUCACUGACCCGUCCAGGGCUCCACAUACCGGCGUCACGGUCAUGCCCUUCGGCGGAGGGGCUAAAGUAGAAAGUACUAGUCAAGAGUGUGGGCAUUUGCUCCUCGUCUGCUACUAUGCCCCGUCAAGUUCGCAAGCGUGCUAUGUCGCGGUCCUCGAACGAAGAGGGGGGCGCUCGACAACAUCGCAGGGUGCGCAGGAGGGUAAAGCCGCAACGAACGGAGAUGCCCUGGACGAAACAACUCAUGAUACCCCCUCUUCAUCACCUCAUGCCGAGCCCUCACAGUCGGAGAAAGUAGCGGAGGACGACCUAUGUCCAAUCUGUCAUCUAUUGCUUUACAAGCCUGUGACGACACCGUGCAAACAUAGCGCAUGUCAAUCUUGUAUGGCGCGCUGGGCAGACAUCUCUGUGAGCUCGGAGAUGGUCAUCUUGCCUAUCUCCACAUCUUCCGGAGAUCCUGCGCCGCCCUCCGAUGAGGUCAAGUGCCCAAUGUGCAGGACACUUACGACCACAAUCUUGGACGCUACAAAGGACGAGGACCUGCGAACUCGGUAUCCUCAGACGUAUUUGGAUAGGGCAGAAGAGACGGAGGAAUCCGAGGUGGGAGAGGGAGAGAAUGCGACCGUCGAGACCCUCACAAUCCAUCUGGGAAACACACAUAAGCUCAGGAACCCGGGCGAGGGCGGCUAUAACGCUCACCAAUGGACGUUCUUCGUGCGACCAAGUAACACAUAUAUCAUCGAAGAGGUGCGGAUGUUAUUGCAUCCCACGUUCCGACCUCCGUGCGUCCAUCGCAGAGAGCCGCCCUACGAGAUAACGCGCCUGGGCUGGGGCUUCUUCACGAUUGUCGUUCUCGUGAUUCUGAAGGUCGGAUAUACAUGGGUCAGCGAGGACGCUGUCGCUUCGCCUGAUGGGCAUGAAAAAAACAUGCUGACACUCGAGUGGACAUUGGACUUUGAUGGUGGCGGAAGUCAGGGGCGGGUGAAGCUGAAGGUCAAGAAAGAGGCAUGGGCAGAUGGCCAUAUCACAGAGGAAGGGUUGUUCGGGACGAGUGACGAGGAAUGGGUCGAUGAGAGUGGCGAGGAAUGAUAAUCACUGUACUACUAGGCUGACAUGCCAACUCGAGUCUUGGAUAGGGUCUCCAUGUUCCGUCAUUCGAGAUCUUAGUGGACGGUUGUUUGCAGGAGGUUUCGAGACAUGUGAAGAAGUGGGUAACACAGGGGUACCCG